CAUUUCGUCACACGGGUCAAAGUGUAAAACUCCGCCUUAAACAAACUUGCGCUAUAUAUCAUCAUCAUUACAACUAAAAUCUCGCUUUUCGCCUGUCAUUUAGCUGUAUUCGCAGUGUUUUUGAAGUAAGGCCGUGUCUGAAGAGUCUCUGCACUAGAGGAAGCGCACUGCAUCUCUUUUCCAGGGUCAGUGAGAAUGGACAGCUCUGGUGACCCCAGUGGGCCUCCACGGACGCCGCAGAUAGGGGGAGCCAGAGGGUUGCCGAUGGGCCGCCGGCUGCCCGCGUCCAUCUCUCCGGGACGCCUGCCCACAAUGCGCUCCAGAGACCUCACGCUAGGAGGCGUCAAAAAGAAAACCUUCACCCCCAAUAUUAUCGGUCGAAAAUCAAAAGAGGAAUUAAAAUCUGAUGAAGUAAAGAGACGAGAUAAGAAGGAUGUGGAUCGAGGUCGGCAGCGGGACAGCCGAGGCAGGGGCCGAGGUCGCCCUGAGGUCAUCCAGUCUCAUUCUAUUUUUGAGCAGGGUCCUGCUGAGAUGAUGGCCAGGAGGAAAGGUGUAUACGAUGACACCAGAGAAACAGCCAACACUGGCCCGUCACCCAUCAUCAACAUCAAAAAGGAGAGAGAGACCGAAGAGGAGACUAAAGAAAUCCUGCGCAAACUUGAGAGGGACAAUUUUGUGGAUGACCCACACCUGAGAGGUGAGAGAGGAAGCUGUCCUGUGCAGCUGCCGCUGGCCGUGUCUGGAUGGGUCUUCAAACAGGAGUUCAGUGAGAAGACCCCGUCAGAUCCUGAACCAAUCAGCACUGGAGCUGAAGUCAAGGUCAAGCAGGAGCCAUUGGAUAUUCCUGAAGCAAAGAAGGCGGAGCCUACGUUCAGACUGCCACCCUUGCCCAAACCUGAUUUGCUGCCUGAUUUACUGGAGGUGUGGAAUCACUGCAAAGAGGAGGAGCUUCUCUUCAUGCAGCUCCCUGAUUCGCUGCCAGGCCAGCCGCCCACCAGUGACGUCCGGCCCACCAAAACAGAGGUGCAGUCCAGUGAUGGACAGACCAUGAUGCAGAAGACCGAGACACAGGAGGAGUCACAAGAAGAGAACAGCUGUUGUCUCAAGGAUCUGCAGGAGGGUUUGGUGGGAAAGAUGCUCGUAAGGAAGUCGGGCAAAGUGCAGCUGAUUCUGGGUAACGUCACCCUGGAUGUGGCCCUGGGAACGCCCUGCGCCUUCCUGCAGGAACUGGUCUCCGUGAAUACCGAGGGCAGAAGGGGAGACCUGUCUGUGCUGGGACACGUUAAACACAAGCUGGUUUGUUCACCGGACUUCCAGGCUCUUCUGGAAAACAGAGUUUGAGGAGCGGCUGCUGGAAUCGCCAGUGUUUCACUCGAGUGCUGUAUAUGCCUUUUGUGAGGAAAUAUUCCCACGUACUGUCAAGGAUGGAGAACUCGGAGUGAAUGAACGGAAAUUAUUUAUAUAUGCAAGAAAAUUUAUUUAGAAGAAUUUAUCAGUUGUCAUUCAGGAGACACUAUUACACAUGUAAAUAUCGUGGGUUAGAAUAAAUAAUUCAUUUAUAAAAAUCUGAGUUUGAGUUUGAAGCCUUAAGUUAAUAAAAAAAAAAAGUGCCAUAAAUACCAAUUUUUUUUUCUUUUCUUUUUGAUUAAUUUAUUGAAUCAGCCCUCUAAUGGUGGAUUGGCACCUUUCAAAAACAUUAAACUUUGACUACAUGUAGCAGAUAUUGUUUUCUUAGGAAAAGGGUGUUUUUGUGGCCAUAAUUUUGAUACAUUUUAGGACACAAUUCCUCAAAAGUAAAUAUUCACUGUCUGGAUCUCUUAUAUUGCUUCAUGACUGUAUUUCUGUGACAUUAGGGGCUGUUAUUGUUUAGACAUCAAGUGCUGAGUGUGCUGUUUGUCAUAAGUUGGCACUAUGGUAAAAUGUAUUGUUUGAAUAAAAUACACUAGAAUUAGACAAUUAA